CUCGCGUAUAACUCAAAAUUUUACAUACUGGAGCGAAAGAAUUUCCCAGAUCCCUUGUGCUCUCUGGCGCGGAGAGAGGAGCGGUGGGAAGCUCAGAAGGGGAGAAGCCGAAUUUCGUCCUCCUCUCGACGAAAUCCCGAAAUUCUCUUCUUCUCAUUUGCUUUUCUCCAGUUUUGUUUUUUCUUUUCGUAACUGUAAAACUUAAGGGAGAUAUCGGCUGGCUUCCCGUCUUCCUCCGUGUAUUGUUUCGUUCGUCGCUCAGAUCCGCGGCAGACAGAGCGAUCGAUUUGCUGCCGCCGUGACAUCUCCGUCUGGUUGCUGGAGGGUGAAUAGUCGCAAUCACAACUCGGAGAAAAGUAGGAAGAAGAAGAAGUGCAGGAGGAUCUUCUUCAACGGAGGGUUCCAUCAUGAAUCCGUUUUCUUCUGGCACCCGGCUGCGGGAUAUGAUUCGGUCUAUACGGGCAUGUAAAACUGCUGCUGAAGAGCGUGCUGUUGUACGAAAAGAAUGUGCUGCCAUACGUGCUGCUAUUAGUGAAAAUGAUCAGGAUUAUCGCCAUAGAAAUCUUGCAAAACUCAUGUUUAUUCAUAUGCUUGGUUAUCCAACACAUUUUGGCCAAAUGGAGUGCCUUAAGUUGAUUGCAUCUUCUGGAUUUCCUGAGAAGCGGAUUGGAUAUUUGGGAUUGAUGCUACUGCUUGAUGAACGGCAAGAAGUUUUGAUGCUUGUUACAAACUCCUUGAAGCAAGAUCUGAAUCAUUCAAACCAGUAUAUUGCAGGGCUUGCUCUUUGCGCACUUGGAAAUAUUUGUUCUGCUGAAAUGGCUCGAGACCUUUCUCCUGAAGUGGAGAAGCUACUCCAGAGUAGCAAUUCAAAUAUCCGCAAGAAGGCGGCUUUAUGCUCUAUCAGAAUCAUCAGAAAAGCACCAGAUCUUGCUGAAAACUUUAUGAAACCUGCUGGUGGCUUGCUUGGUGAAAAGCAUCAUGGAGUUCUAAUCACUGGGGUUCAGCUGUGCACUGAGAUAUGCAAAGCCAGUACUGAGGCACUUGAUUAUUUAAGAAAGUACACAAAGGACUUGAUUCGGGUACUGAAAAAUGUGGUGGCAAGUGGCUAUGCUCCAGAAUAUGAUAUUUCUGGGAUCACAGAUCCCUUUCUACAGAUCAGGGUAAUGCGACUACUCCGAGUAUUAGGCCAGGGUGACGCUGAUGCAAGUGAUGCAAUGAGUGAUAUUCUAGCUCAGGUUGCCACUAGUACAGAAUCUAACAAAAAUGCUGGAAAUGCCAUACUAUAUGAGUGUGUUGAAACGAUUAUGGGGAUCGAAGCUAUUGGUGGGCUCCGUGUUCUUGCUAUUAACAUUCUGGGAAGAUUUUUGUCAAAUCGUGACAACAAUAUCAGAUAUGUUGCUCUAAACAUGUUGAUGAAGGCUGUGACAAUGGAUACUCAGGCAGUGCAACGACAUCGGAACACAAUAGUAGAAUGUGUGAAGGAUUCAGAUGCUUCAAUCAGGAAAAGAGCACUUGAGCUGGUCUUUCUUUUGGUGAAUGACAGCAAUGUAAAACAACUGACAAAAGAGCUUAUUGAUUAUCUGGAAGUUAGUGACCCAGAGUUCAAAGAUGACCUUACAGCCAAAAUUUGCUUAAUUGUUGAGAAGUUUUCACCAAAUAAACUGUGGUACAUUGAUCAGAUGCUGAAGGUCUUAUCAGAGGCUGGAAAUUAUGUUAAAGAUGAAGUGUGGCAUGCUCUUAUAGUUGUUAUAAGCAACGCACAGGAACUUCACGGCUAUACUGCUCGCUCCCUUUACAAGGCACUUCAAGCUUCAACUGAUCAGGAAAGUCUUGUUCGGGUUGGAGUUUGGUGUAUUGGAGAAUAUGGGGAAAUGUUGGUCAAUCAUGCUGGAGAACUUGAAGGAGAGGAACCAAUAACUGUGACCGAAUUUGAUGUGGUGGAUAUGCUUGAUAAUGUACUGAAACGUUCUACAUCAGAUGUCACAACUAAGGCAAUGACUUUGAUUGCACUUUUGAAGCUUUCUGCACGUUUCCCGUCUUGUUCCUCGAGGAUAGAAGAGAUUGUUGUUCAGCAGAAAAGGAACCUUGUGUUGGAGUUACAACAAAGAUCUAUUGAGUUCAGCUCUAUAAUUCACAAGCACCCAAACAUCAAGCCCACUUUGGUAGAAAAGAUGCCUGUUCUUGAUGAGACUAUUUUCAGUGGAAAAAGAAAAGGUUCAUCAGUCGCAGCAGCAUUGGACAAUGUUAGCAAAGCACCAUCUUCAGUGGCAUCAUUGAACCUUCCUAAUGGUCUUAGCAAGCCUCCUGCAGCACCUCUUGUUGAUCUACUUGAUCUGGACUCUGAUGUUUCUCUUGCACCUAGUGCACCUGCAGGAGACUUUCUCUCUGACCUCCUCGGUGUUGAUUUAUCAAGUAGUUCAAUGUCAUCAGGUAUGAACCACACAGAAAAAAGUGGUGCAGAUAUCCUGCUUGAUCUGUUGUCAAUUGGAACAGUUCCUCCAGACAACAGUUCAUCAACUGAAAACCAUGAAGGAAUAAUGCCUAAUGCUCCGGAAGCUUCUUCUCCGCUUUCUUCCCUCUCUCUUCCUGCAAAACCACAAAGCCUGGGAACUGCCCAAGAACCAGUUGUGGAUAUAAAAUUACAGAGUUCUCCUAUGCAGGAUUUGCUGGAUGACUUUAUUCAGUCUAAGCCUGUGAAUGCUCAGCCAUCUUUCCCAUCCAUUGUUGCAUUUCAGAGUACUUCUUUGCAGGUGCAGUUUAGCUUUAGUAAACAGUCAGAUAAACCAUCCACAACAUCAAUCUUGGCUACCUUUACAAAUAAUUCAUCCAGUUCAUUUACCGAUUUUAUCUUUCAGGCGGCUGUCCCAAAGUUUAUUCAACUUCGAUUAGAUCCUGCUAGCAGCAAUGUUCUUCCUGGAGGUGGAUCCAUCACACAGCGUUUGAGUGUCACAAACAGCUUACAUGGGCAGAAGCCUCUUGCCAUGCGCAUAAGAAUAGCAUACAAAGUGAACAAUCAAGAGGUGCUGGAACAGGGGCAAAUCAACAAUUUCCCUCCUGGUUUGUAGAAUUUGCCACCUACUUGGAAGUGAACACUGUAGGUUUCCUCCUGCUGGCUACUAGGAGCUUCCGUUCUGCUGAAUGAGUGCAGCGGUCAGUUUUAUUUGCCACAUCAAGUGAGUCAUGGGCAUGAAUCAGGGGUCAAUAUUGAUUAUGGGUGUCCACCUCUUGUGGUACUGGCCUGUUUAUCUUUUGCGAUUGUAGAUUGUCCAUGGAACAGCAGAGGGACCACGCAUGCAAAUAAUGAAGAAGUAUGAUGGUUUCUAAGUGCUUUCUAUGUCUGACGCUUGAGGAAUGCUUGUUGAUAGUGAUUUUAUUCAUGCGAAGGUGGAACUAAUUGCCGCUACUGCUGUCACAGUUGCAUUUUUCCUUCAAUUUGUACAAAGUCAGGCUUGUAUACUCAUGACUUGCUGAGGUAGUCCUACUGUAUCACAUUGUUUUGCUGAUUGGCUUUCCUCAGUUUUCCUCGGCAAUGGCUACAGCUGUUAUUUUACUCAACCGAUCUAAGUUUUUGCGCCAUCUA